UCUUACCGCUGACGCACUGGCGAGGCGCGUGCAGUUGAGAGAGGUAGGAGCUCGCGGCGACAGCGGACCGUUAGCUCCAUCUGCGUGCAGAGCGGGAAAGCUACAUUGUGAACGAAGAUCAGUUGCGGAGACUUGCGGUUAAUGGCAUCGUUGCGCUGGGAAGGACGGGCAGUCGCCCGCGCCCUCUCCAACUAUGACCGCACUCGCGCCAAUCGGAGUCAGCAUCACGACACGCGAGCCAGCGCAGCGACAACGUUCCCUAAUAUUUCAACAGCGUGUAUUUGUUCGUUUUAAAAGACGUCUGUGCAUUGAUUUUUAAAUUAUAUAUAAGAUAUGCAUUAGUCUACAAAGGUUUUUGAAAAUCUUUUUGUAACUAGUUUUUUCUUUUUUUUUUUCAACUGUAAAUAUUUCGGUGUGGUAGGGACUACGGUUUUAGGGACAGAUCUAAAAGCGCAUCGUGCGCACAGGUGUUCAUUUAGAGGUAUACGGGAUCUUAGGUUUUGGGAGGAAAAUGCAGAAUUCUUGACAUCCUUCGGAUUCUCCGUUUCCACCACUGCUAGUAUAAACAUUUGGUACACGGCAGUUUCUCAGCGGAAUUGAUUUUGGAUUGUAAAGUUCUGUUCCAUUUGAAGUUUCAAGAUGGCCGACGCGUGGGACCCCCGGGAGGGCGUGACCGCGGACCCCUGGACGUUCCCGCCCUCGGGCCCGAACGCCACGCUGUCGGAGCCGCUGCUGUACGACAGCUUCUUCAACGACUCGGAGGCGGGCCCGGCCAACGGCACCGGCCACGGCUUCGACAAGGCCAGCACGGUGGUGGUGACCUUCGUCUACCUCGCCGUCUGCGCCGUCGGCCUGUGCGGCAACGCCCUGGUCAUCUACGUCAUCCUGCGGCACGCCAAGAUGAAGACCGUCACCAACAUCUACAUCCUGAACCUGGCGGUGGCCGACGUGCUGUGCAUGCUCAGCCUGCCCUUCAUCGCCAUCCAGCUGGCGCUGGUCCGCUGGCCCUUCGGCUCCGCCCUCUGCCGCGUCGUCAUGACGGCCGACUCGCUCAACCAGUUCACCAGCAUCUUCUGCCUGACGGUGAUGAGCGUGGACCGCUACCUGGCCGUGGUGCACCCCAUCAAGUCCACCAGGUGGCGCAAGCCGCGCGUGGCCAAGGGCAUCAACGUGGCGGUGUGGGGCGUGUCCCUGCUGGUCAACCUGCCCGUCAUGAUCUUCAGCGGCCUGCUGAGCUCCCGCAGGGGCGGGGCGAGCUUCUGCACCAUCGUGUGGCCCGAGCCACAGGGGGCCUACUACACCGCCUUCAUCUCCUACACCUUCCUGCUGGGCUUCUUCCUCCCGCUGGCCGUCAUCUGCCUCUGCUACCUGCUGAUCGUGGUGAAGGUGAAGUCGUCGGGCCUGCAGGUGUGCUCGUCCAAGCGCAAGCGGUCGGAGCGCAAGGUGACGCGCAUGGUCUCCAUCGUGGUGGCAGUCUUCGUGCUCUGCUGGCUGCCCUUCUACGUCUUCAACGUGACCUCGGUGACGGGCAGCAUCAACAGCACGCCGGCGCUCAAGAGCACCUUCGACUUCGUGGUGGUGCUGGGCUACGCCAACAGCUGCGCCAACCCGGUGCUCUACGCCUUCCUGUCGGAGAACUUCAAGAAGAGCUUCCAGAAGGUCCUGUGCCUGACGAGGCGGCGGGGGGGCGGGCCCGAGGAGGCGGAGCGCAGCGACAGCCGGCAGACCCGCGCGCGGGGCGGGGCCAACAACGACGUCACGGAGACGCAGAGCGCGCUGCUCAACGGCGACCUGCAGACCAACAUCUGAGCGUGCCCCGAGGGGGUCACGGGGUCAAGGGUCACGGGGGUCACGGGUCAUGUGCACACCCUCGCCCUGCCCCUCCCUCUCCCCCCGGGCGAACUGCAGGCCAGCAUUUGAGCGCGCCCCGGGGGGGGUCACGGGGUCAAGGGUCACGUGCACACCCUUGCCCUCACCCUCCCUCUCCCCUGCAGACCAGCAUUUCAGUGCGCCCCAGGGGGGGUGACGGGGUCAAGGGUCACGUGCACAUCCUGCACCCAACCAGAGAAAUGGUUGCAACAUUUGCCUGCCAGCUCUAAACUCUUAUUUUGUUUUUUUUUUCCCCUGUAUGUAAUAGGAUGACAUCACGCCCUCUGACUGAGAGAGCCUCUGUCUGUGCUCAGAGCCGACCCCGAUGGUUUUGGCGGCCCCAGAGUGCACCUUUAGGGUGCACCAGAGUGUACAUUUAAAAAAAAACUUGAAUUGUGUGGCCCCAGGGAGGGUUGUGGCCCUAAGCGACUGCAUGGUGUUCAUGGCUGUGGCCAGCCCUGCCACGACUGACCACCCACCCACAUUUUUGCAUGCAAUUGGUCAUUAUUAAUUACUUUUUCUUUUUUAUUUUGGGACGAGAAGAACUUCGUACAGAACAGCAGAGAUAUUUGAUGUAUUUAUGCGGAAAAGGAAAUCAUUCAAGGAUUUAAUCUGAAGCUUUUCUGCGAUCUGAAACUUGAAGCUUGAAAACUCGCAGAUCGUCACAUCGGUGAUCGUUCAUUCUAGUCUGAGAUGCGACAGUGAGACGCCUGCCCUUAUUGGCUGUGCAGCUCAAGCUCUUUAUCCACAGACCCAAUCAAGCGUGGAUUCGGAAGUUCAUCCUGCCUACAGUUGGGGUCUUUGAAAAUAUAAUUGUUAUCAUCAUUUUCUAUUUCAAAAAUAUGCUUUUCUUCUCUAUGUGGCAAGUCACAUUGUUUGUGUUUUAGAGGUGAUGUCCACAGCUAAUGGUGCUUUGAGGCCUUUCUUCAGACACAGAGUUGCUGAGAAUAAAUGUGCUUAUUCAUGGAGAAAUAGAGCUGCAAAACCCUAUUCUCAUGCAAAAUUCCUGAAACGUGUAAAGUGGUCAUUGAAUUGUACGGUCAUUAACAGAAUUUGUGCUUUUUUUUGUUCCUCUGCUUUAAAAAAAAAAAAUUUGACGAGUCAUGCACCGAGGCACAGACCUAUAACACAUCCGAAUGGCUUACCCUGUCCAUUAGGCCUAAUAUAUCAGCCCGUCCAUGUCGUAUAAAGGUCUGUGUGGCAUCGCUUUUGAAAAAAAAAGAAAGAGAAACAAAAAACAAAUACGCAUGAUAAAUGAAUGUGGACCCUGACCAGAGAUAAGCAGGUUAGAUGAUGGAUGUACGGACGCCAGACACGAGUGAGACAGAUCCCUUUGCUUACUUUGAGUUCAGGAGAGAAGUACGGACACAGAAGCUUGAAUGCUCGGUGUUACUUCAGCUCAGGAAGGGUAAACAAAGAGUUCAGAAAGUCCAAUUUGACCUGUAGGAACUGUCGAAACUCACACAGGGGAGGGUUGGAAAUUCUCAGACUGUGCCGAUGACUGACGCACAUCAGAACAAAUUGGGGCGUCUCCUUAAACAGGUCUGCGGUCUCCUCACAGAGAUUUAAUAUAAAAUGACCUGGACCCACAGAUCAGGGCCUGUCCAUCAGUCAGCCAGAGGACCGAUGCCUGUCAGUAGGCAGAUUAACACCAUGAGAGUUAAAUUAACACUGGCGGGGGUUAAUUUAACUUUUAACAGUGUGUGGACAAGGAUGGGGGGGUGGAGGGGGGGGGCAACAUGUUGUUGACUGAGUGUUGGAAUUAUGGCUCCUACGCUGAGAUUUGCCACAGAUUUUUUGCAGACCCCGCCUGACGUUUGUAAAAAUCCAGCGUGGCUCAAGUGGCCCAGCUGUUGAAAGCCAGAACAUUCCGAUCUGCUGCAUCAUGAAUAUUAAUGAGGAGGGCGCGGUCAGAACACUGUGGAAAUUAAUGAGAUUGUCCCUGGGCACGUCUCUUCAUGAUUAUUCAUAAUCAGUAAUUACGAUGCUGGAAAUCCUCUCUUCGAACUUCGUGCAGUAGGGAAAUAAGGAAGAGGGAUAAAAACCAGAGGCUGGUUAUCUGGUUCAUCUAUAGAAUCUGUCUACAGGUUUCCCAAGAAUGCCACUGUCCCAUUCUGUGGAGGGAGAGUAAGGAACGGACCUAUGAUUGGCAGAGGCAAGCGCAAUCCCAUUGGUUGGUGCAGAGCCAGGUGGCUACAAUUAACCACCAUUGGGACUAAAGUGAUGCAUUGUGGGAUGUCAUGACUGGUAUAGCCGAGUAUGGUACAGCUGGAAUCGGAAGUCCUUGUGUUUCAAGGUGAGGUUCCCUCCUUGUUGGUAACCAUCUUUGCUGGAGUGUGUGGAGGCUAACUUCACGCUGACUGAUGUAGCGUUGGAUCGAGGCACAGGCUUUAAUUUACGGCUCAGCUGCUCCCCUGGAGCUGGUGUUAGUGAAACGCCUUUUUGUGUCUGGUUAUUAUGUCUUGUUUUGGUUUAUUUUGG